AUGGGUGGCAUCGGCAAGACCACUCUUGCUCAGCUCAUCUUCAAUGACAACAGGGUGAAAGAAUAUUUUGAGUUAAAAGCAUGGGUUAUGGUAUCACAUGAAUUUGAUACUUUCAAAACAAUGAAAACAAUUUAUGAAAGUGUCGCCUCUCAAAAAUGUGAUAUUGAGGAUCCCUAUAAGCUUCAAUUCAAACUAAAAGAGGCUUUGGAGGGGAAGAGGUUUCUCUUUAUUCUGGAUGACAUUUGGAACGAGAGUUAUGAUAGCUGGAACGUGUUGAAAAGCUCUUUUAAUUUUGGAGCUAAUGGCAGUAAGAUCAUUGUGACAACACGUAGUAGAACCGUUGCAUUAAAGAUGGGUAAUUUUCCAAUUCAUGACUUGCAUGUAAUAACGGAUGAAGAUUCUUGGCAGCUAUUCGCAAAACACGCCUUUAAUGGUGUUGACUCAGAUGCAUAUCCAGAUUUACAGAAAAUUGGUCGUGAAAUUGUUACAAAGUGCAAGGGUCUUCCUUUAGCAAUAAAAUCGCUUGCUGGUCUUUUACGUUCUGUGUUUGAUCUAGAAGAAUGGAGAAAAAUACUAAAAAGUGAUAUAUGGGAGUUGCAUUUGCAAGAAAAUGGGAGUAGUGAAAUUCUUCCAGUAUUAUGGUUGAGCUACCAUUAUUUGCCUUCACAACUUAAGCGAUGUUUUGCCUAUUGCUCAAUAUUCCCCAAAGGUUACAAUUAUGAAAAGAGACGUCUAAUUCUGCUGUGGAUGGCAGAAGGUCUUUUGCAGUCUAAAGCUGGAAGACCAAUGGAAGAUGUAGCAGAGGAGUAUAUUCGUGCUCUGAUAUCACGGUCAUUGAUUCAACGAUCAAGUUCGAAUGAGUCAACUCUUGUCAUGCAUGACCUUGUCCAUGAUUUGGCUACUUUUGUCUCAGGUGAAUUUUGUUUAAAGUUGGAUGAGAAUAGCUUGUACAACCUUACAAGUAAGACUCGUCAUUUGGCAUCCGUUGGAGGGUUUGAGUUAAUGAAACAUGCGGAUUUAUCUAAAGCUGAGUUCUUGCGCACCUUUCUAUUGUUACAAUCAUUGGCCUUGCAAGGAAUAUUUCUGCCAUCAAACCAUUUGGUUGUGGAUGAACUCUUGGCAAGAACUGGAAGAUGCUUGAAAGCACUCUCACUGCCUCUAUCUUUUAUCACCGAGUUGCCUACUUCAAUUGGCAAUUUGAAAUAUCUAAGGAAGAGACGGUGGUUCCAGCAUUAGGGAGUUGAGAAGGCUUCAACAUUUAUCCGGAAGUCUUCAUAUUUGGG